UCACGGCAGUAUCCUAUUGGAGCAAGAUGCGUGGGAGCGUAUGACGAGUUUCCGGCGAGAGAGCCUCGCAGGUCGAACAACGAAACAGAGAAGAGAGGAUCUUUGCAGGGGUUGCCGACCUAUUGAUUGGAACGAACUGCUGCUAUGUAUCCUGGCUGGGGCCGGUAUGGCGGCUCUUCCUCAUUUUCUGCUCCGGCCGGGCCGCCAUCCGCACCCAGUAGUGGCGCCUUCCAAAGCUUUAGAGAACAGCACAUGGCCCAGCUCCAGCAGCUCCAGAAAAUGCACCAGCAGCAACUAGAAACAGUCCUGCCUGUGGGCAACGCAUCUCAACCUUCUGGGUUUCCGCCUCCGCCUGGAACGUAUCAGCCGCCCAGUGGCGGCUACACGAAACGUUCAUAUUAUGGGUCCGGGCAGUCCUAUCCCUUCCCACCGCCACCCUACGCGAGCGGCAUCCCUCCCCCUGGGUACCCGAAUUACCCGCCUCCUCAGUCUCAUCAAGCAACCCCUCCGCUACCUGAGCCCGUGCCUCCACCUGAACCGGCACCCCCUCCUGAACCGGAUCAGCCGCCCCCGCCUGAACCUGCACAGCCACCUCCUCCAGAACCGGCACAUCCUCCCCUUCCCGAACCAGAGAAGCGCUCACAGUCCGCCGAAUCGUCGGCCCCCAAGGCUACUGAUGGAUCUGAGGAUUUGUCUCUAGAGCAACAGCAGCAUUACUGGUACACACAGCAUCUACUGAGUCUGCAGCAGAAAGCAAAGCUGCGGCAGAAAGAGAACAGUGGUACAAAUUCUGAACAGUCUACUAUACCACAGAGGGCUCCAGCGCCACCUGAAAGUGAGCACCCACCACCACCUGUAAUAAAUGAGCCACCUUUGCAUUCAGAUGAAAAGCCAAGUUUUAACCCUCCUGAGGACCCAGAACAGGCAGAGAGACUGAAAACACUGCAAGAAGCUGCAGCCCAUUGGCAACAACAUGAAGAACAUAGGCUGGGCUUUCAGUAUCAGGGAAUAAUGCAAAAACAUUCCACUUUACAGCAACUCUUGCAGCGUUAUCAACAGAUAUCCCAACAACCUCCACAUAUAGGGGCUAUGACCGUAGAUAUGCAGCUACAACAUUAUGAGAUGCAACAGAAGCAAUUCAAUCUCUUUUACCAGGAAUGGGAAACACAGUUUAAGAAGUGGCAGGAACUCUUGCAAACAUACCCACAUAAGGACCAGCUACAAAAUUAUGACGUACAAUGGAAAUCAUGGCAAACGCAAAUUAAAGCCACCAAAUCCUUUCUGAAGGAGAGACUGAACUCAUUGAAAAGCAUGCAGCAGCAGUAUGGGGGCAGUCAUUACAUAGGAGGGGUACCUAUUAUUCCUUCUUACCCUGCAUACCCACAAGUAAUGCCUCCACCAGUGCCACCUUCACUACCAGGAUCUGUAAAUAUUCCUCCACCUUUUACUGCAUCAGCUCCUUUGCCUUUCAGUGCAGCACCACCUCCUUUACCUGCAGUUCCAGUACCUCCCUUUUCUGAUGGUCAGCCUCCCCUUCCUCCAUUGACAACUGAACCUCCACCUCUCCCUCCAGUAACUGCUGCACCUCCUCCACCCCCUCCACCGCUCAUAUCAACAGAUUCAGAAUCUCAGCCCCCUUUGCCUCCUGUAACAUCAGCAUGUACACAAGCACCACCCUUACCUCCUACUCCAAUUGCUGGAACUCAAAACACAACUCUUGUCACCUCCCAUUCUGCAUCUUCUAAAUUUGAUCCUGGCCAACCUCCCCUGCCAUCAUCAGGAGAAAAUUCUUCUGUAUCUGGUUGCAUUUCUGGUCCUUCAGCCAUUCCUGAACUUCCAGUGUCCAAAACAAUAACUUCGGGAGGCGCUAGUGAAAAGAGCGUUACUCCAGGUGUCUCUUCUCCAGGAAAGCCAACAAGAGACACUGAUAAGUCGUCCUUCACCGCUAGUGAAGGCAAGAUGAAAUCUGAAUCCUCAAGAAUUUGGUCUCAAGAAAAACAAACCAAACCUAAUGAGGAUUUAGACCAAUCUAUAAACAGUACUGAGAGGUCCCAGAUGCCUUUUUCAGAGAGAGCUUUGAAUAUCGCUCAACCAUCCCAUCAGAUGACCACAGAGUUUGAUAGGUCAAGGUUUACUCACCAGAGCCAUAAUUUUCCACCUCCAAGAUCUCAAGUUGAACCUCAAGGAGCCAGUGAUGUUUCUGGUGCUCCAUCAGCAUAUAAGGGAGAGUGUAUGAAGAGUGAAACUUCUGUCCAGGGUUCUUUAGGACAGGCAACAAAUAAGUUUCCAAACCCGGACCUUCAGUGGGAAAAGAGACCAGACCCAGUGUCUCAGGCUGCAGCAGACUUGCAAACAUCUGAUUUCCAUCAAAGAGCAAAAAAUGCCCCUUCAGGCACCUUAAGGCCCUUUAGUGAAAGAGAAAAAAAUAAUAUACCGGGUCUAAAAAAAGAACUAGACCCAUUUUCAAGCAGAACUUUAGAGAGAGAAUUUAUUGCACCAGAAAGAGACACAAAAAUAUGGAACCAAGCUGACAUUGCCACUGUAGGCCACCCACAAAAACUAGAUCCUUCAGAUCAUCAUCCGAGCAUGAGCAGGCCUCGGCAACUUCCACCUGACCAAUGGGAGCGAGCUAUAGAAUCAUCAGAUAAAGCCUGGGAAAAUCAAACUCCAUCACUACAUGGCCGGUGGCUUGAAACUGAAAGACAGUCAAAAGAUAAGUGGGGAAGGCUAAAUCCAACACCAUCUGAUAGGUGGGGUGCUUCAGUGGAUGCUCCAGUAAUGGGUAAGUGGGCUGAAUCGGAGGGCCCACCAAAGGAUUUUCCAGAAGUGUCCACAAGAAAUUUAUGGAAGAGAUCUGACGUCCUGGCAAGGGAUAUGCAUCAUGACAAUAAUGACCCACCAUGUGACAGACUGGAUGACCCCAAAGAUCCCCUAUCUGAUAGAAUGACUGGGUCCUCAAAUGAUAGAUGGGUUGGGCCAGAGGUGCCCCUUGGUGACCGCUGGGGAAGGCCAGAAGGGCCCCUUGGUGACAGCUGGGGGAGGCCAGAUGGACCCCCUGCUGACCGCUGGGGCAGACCAGGAGAACCAUUUAUUGGCCGCUGGGACAAGCCUGUCACUGAGAAAUGGGGCAUGUCUGAGGAAGCAAAAAGUGGGAGGUGUAGCAGACCUGAAGGAAAUCCUGAAGAUAGGUGGACAAGAGGUGGAGGACAAAUAGGUGAAAGGCGGGGUGUACCUGAAGGAUCAGUAAGAGAAAGAUGGGGCAGAGAAGAUGAAGCAUACAAUGAGAGAUGGGGAAGAUCAGAGGAGCCUAUAGUUGAAAGAUGCAGUCAACUGGAAGAGCCAAGGGAAAGGUGGCGAGUGCUUGAAGAUCCGCUUAUUGUUAGAACUGGACCUACAGAGGGGAAGAAAGCUGCAGAUACUCCCACUGUUAGCUACCAAAGUAGAUUCAGAAUAAUGAAUCAAAAUGUUCAGAUAGAUGGUAGUAAUAAAGGAAGUACACAUUCGCUUGUUCUUAAUAGUCAGACUCCUGAUAAAAGAAUGGCUCCUGUGUUAGAUGAAUCGUCGCGAAAGUUAGGAACUGGUAGCCUUGCUAAUAAAGCCAGUGAACCAGCUAAAACAGUCCAAAUGGAUUGUAAAACAGGUGGUUUGACUGCCUUUCCAGGAAAUAAAACACUUGACUCCAUACCCAAGACUGAAAUUCCUGUAUCUAGUGGAGUUUCCUCAUUCAUAGGUCAAGCUAAAGCUGAUAUUAUUCCUGUUCUUACAAAGGUGCAGGCUGCACCAGAUCCUGAUGUUAAAACAGAUACAUCCCAAGUCUUUAGUGAUAUAAAAUCAGAUACAUCACCAUCUUCUGGACUUGCUAAGUCAAUCUUGCCAUGCUUUGAAACCAAGCCUGAUACUGCACCAUCCCUUGAUGUAGCUAAGGCCAAUACUUCUCCAAGUACUACCAAGGAUGGUAAUCUGCCUGGGUCCGAUCUUUCAAAGACAGCAGGUUUUGCUUCCCCUUUGCUUGCCAAAGAAGGCAGUGAGCCAGCCUCUGAUUCUCAAAAACCAAGUACUUUAAGUCCAUCUGGCGUUGGUGUCGGCGCACCUGCUAAUGAACUCGCUCUCAAAGAUAGACAACCAGCUUCUGGUCCACCUCUAAGUGAAGCCCCUAACCAGCCUAAAGCCAGUGCCCCUUUGGCUCCUAACCAGCCCGGGGCUGGGGGCCCUCCUCCUCUUCCUGGCCAGCCCAGGACCGGGGGCCCUCCGCCUCUUCCUGGCCAGCCCAGGACCGGGGGCCCUCCUCCUCUUCCCGGCCAGCCCAGGGCCGGAGGCCCUCCUCCUCUUCCCGGCCAGCCCAGGGCAGGUGCCCCUCCUCCUCUUCCCGGCCAGCCCAGGGCGAGUGCCCCUCCAGAAUUUCCCGGCCAGCCCAGGGCCGGGGCCCCUCCAGCAUUUCCCGGCCAGCCCAGGGCCGGGGCCCCUCCAGCUUUUCCUGGUCAGCCCAGGGCCCCCCCUCCUCUUCCCGGCCAGCCCAGGGCCCCUCCUCCUUUUCUCGGCCAGCCCGGGGCCCCUCCUCCCAGCCAGCCCAGGGCUGGGGGUCCUCCAGGCCAGAAUAGAGCUUGUGGCCCAACUGCAUAUGGCCAACCUAGACCUGGGUUCCCUCCUCCACCUGGCCUCCCAAGAUCUGGUACACCAGGUCCCUUUAGAUCUAGGACUCCCUUGGGCCAGGGUUCAAGGAUGGCCAUGUCAGGUCCCUACAGGCCUGGAGCCCCAGGACCAUUUAGAGCAGGCGCACCACCUGUUGGCCUUCCAAGGGGCGGGGUUCCUGGUUCCUUUAGGGCAGGGGUUCCAUGUCCUCCCAGGAUGAUUGGCCCUCGUGUCCCUGCUUUUGCUAAUGAGAGUCCUCCAUUUUCAGCUAAUGCCAUUGAGCUACAAGACUUUCAGACUGUAAAUUUACCUUCAGAUCAAAUUCUAGACGGUUCCCUUGUACCACAGGAAUUUGGUAACCCUUUAAAUUUAAAGGAGCCAUCUAAAUCUAGCUCUGCUGUCAAGAACAUACUGACAGAAGAUCAAGAUAUGUCCAUGUCAUCAGUUAAAGUUUCCUGCAGUGAGGUAGAAGAGUCUGGGGAAAAUAUUUUAAGAGAUGCAGUGCCAGACUUCCCUGAAAGGCAUACCCGGCAUGGGGACAUUGAAAAUUAUAAUGCUGGUCAAGAACCAGACUAUGCUGGUUCUCAUUUACAACCGGGCCCUUUCAGGUUACAUCAUGGUAGGGGAGGAUUAAGGGAACACAGACCGCAAGCUGCAGAACAGUGGUCUGCUCAAGGGAAAAGAUUAGAAAACUGUGAAGUAAUAUUUGAUCAAAGUGGUAGAGGUCGUUCUAGAGGACUAGUCCGUGAAAGAAUUCAACCCAGACCAGGAAGUUUUGAUGCUAUAGAACUAUUGAGAGAGAGAGAUUUUGAGUCAAGGGGUAAUUUUUAUGAUGAGAGACCUCCAUUUUUAGAGGGCCCUGAAUAUGAUCCACUGGUUAGGAGAGAGAUGCCUUACAAAGAUCUUAGAUACGCUGAUGAUGAGAGACUUCCUUUGGAUCUCUUGGAAAUUAGAAGAAGAGAACAUUUGGACAGAGUUAGACAUGAUGACUGGGAACGGGACAAAUAUAUGAAAGAGAAUGAAUUUCUUAGAGAGCCAAGGGAUGCAUUUCUCAGAGAUGAGUGGCUUCCUUUUCAUCCCCUUCCUCCACUCCCUCUUCCUCCUGUUCCUCGUGACAUAGAUGUUCGGCAUGAUCCUUUGUGGGAUAGACUUCCAGAAAGAGACCAGUACAGAGGGCCUGGUGGUGUAAUGGAAAGGUUUGAAAGGCCUUAUGAAGGACAUGAAAGGGAGAGAGAUUACUUAAGAAUGCAGGAGGAUUUGGACUUUCUGAUACGUGAAAGGAUAGGUGCACAUCCUCUUCGACGACCGCUUUCUCCUCACCGCCCCCUUUCACCUUUACGGCCCCGCUCUCCACUACCUCCGCUUCCUCCUCUUGAUAGAUACCUCGAUGAUAGGUGGAGAGAUGACAGAGGAAUUAUUGACAGAGAUUUUCGUGAGCGUGGGGAUCUUAGGAUACUGGAAUACCCAGAUCGGCCAGAAAUGCGGCAAGAAGGAAAAGGCCGUGAAUUCCCCUCAGAAAGAAUCGAGUGGAGGGAAGAUUCAUGGUAUCCUUCUGAAAACAGGUUGUUGGAAAAUCGCAUGGAUCCCAGUCAUAAUCUUGAAGCACCAUCAUCCGUGGUUAACCCUGUGCCACUGGAUUUACCUGUUGCAGAGAGCAGCCAGGAAGUGGAGUCUGCUACCUCUUCUGCUGGAGUUUUGGCACUGAGUCAGAGACAACAUGAAAUUAUACUAAAAGCUGCACAGGAACUCAAAAUGCUCAGGGAACAAAAAGAACAACUGGACAACUUAAAACACUUUUUUAGUGAGUCUAAGACUUCUGGGGAAUCACAGCACCAACCACCUAAGCCAGAUGAUAGUGGUUCAGCCCCAAAUGUUUUCCCGGGAUCUUCUCUUAAGGGCUUGGAAUUGGAAAGAACCCAUUCCUUAGUAUCUGAGCCCAUUUCCAAAAUGGCUUCCCAUACCACAGGAUCAGUCCCACCCAGGCCAAUAUCAGAUUGCUGGAAAGAAGACACCUUUAGUGGACUGUGGGAUGAUGAAAGACGAUUUCGGGGUCCAGGGUCCCUGGUUGAUUCAGGACAGUCUGGUAGCCUUGCACUCGGACCAAAACAGCCAGUAGCUCAACAGACUGUAGAUUAUGCUCAUGGACGAGAUUCUUCUGUUGGAAAAGUUGAACAGAUCCCUUAUGGUGAAAGAGUGGUUCUCCUUCCAGAUUCGGCAUUAGAAAGAGCACAGCUCCCAUUUCACAAAGAUUACCUGGCUGACCGAUAUGAUCGUGAUCUGAGGGAAAGGGAACACUAUUUUGAGCGUCAAAGCAAUAAAAACAUAGACCGUCGAGAAUUUGAAAGGGAGAGAGAUAGUCACAGAGAUCGUAACUUUGGAGAACAUGAAAGGGAUCGAUUUGACCGUGACCGUCAUUCUCGUGAAGACAGAUCUGCAUCAUACCGCGACAGCAAGGAAAGCUCCAGGCGUAGUGGCAAUGACAAAUCAUCCUAUGAUCGGAAGUCUGAUCGUCCACCGUAUGACCUUGCACCCCCUCCCUUUGGAAGUGAGCGUAGAGGAUUCCCUGAAGAGAGGCCGCCUAUGCAUCCUCCUUUGCCAGCCCCAAAACCAGAAAAGAAACCAGAGAGUAAAAAUGUGGAUGACCUGUUAAAAAAGCCUGGGAGAGACAGUAGACCAGAGAGGAUUGUCGUCAUCAUGAGGGGCUUGCCAGGCAGCGGUAAAACUCAUGUUGCAAAGUUGAUCAGGGAUAAGGAGGUUGAAUGUGGUGGUCCGGCUCCCCGUGUGCUAAGUCUUGAUGAUUAUUUCAUCACUGAGGUUGAGAAGGUUGAGAAAGACCCCGAUUCUGGCAAGAAAGUUAAGAAAAAGGUGAUGGAGUAUGAGUAUGAGCCAGAAAUGGAGGACACUUAUCGAAGCAGCAUGUUUAAAACAUUCAAGAAAACACUUGAUGAUGGCUUUUUUCCAUUUAUCAUUUUGGACAGCAUUAAUGACCGUGUUCGACAUUUUGAGCAGUUCUGGAGUGCAGCUAAAACUAAAGGAUUUGAGGUUUAUCUUGCUGAGAUGAGUGCAGACACUCAAGUAUGCGCUAAAAGAAAUGUACAUGGACGCAAGCUUAAGGAAAUCAGUAAGAUUUCUGAUCACUGGGAGACUGCACCUCGGCACAUGAUUCGACUUGAUGUUCGAUCACUGCUCCAGGAUGCAGCCAUUGAAGAAGUUGAAAUGGAAGAUUCUGAACCUAGUGUAGAGCCGCAAAAAGAAAUCAAGAAGCAGCUACCAGAGGAGGAGGAGAGUGAUCGGGUAUAUAUUUCAAAAAGCAAAUGGGAAAUGGAUACUUCUGAAGCCAAGCUUGAUAAACUCGAUGGUUUAAAAGGAAGCAAAAGGAGACGAGACUGGGAGUCUGCAGGCAACCGCUUGGAAGACUAUUUGCAGCUUCCGGAUGAUUACGAUACCCGAGAAUAUGAGCCUGGCAAGAAAAGGGUGAGAUGGGCUGAUCUAGAAGAAAAGAAAGAUGCAGACCGUAAGAGAGCUAUUGGGUUUGUAGUUGGCCAGACAGAUUGGGAGAAGAUUACAGACAAGAGUGGACAUCUAGCAGAGCGAGCGUUGAACCGCACCAAAUAUAUUUAAUGUUAUUUCAUGUAAGAAAAGUCUUAUUUAGAAGAUGGCAGUCAAGCUUCUCCUGUUUAAUUUCCAAGAAGAAUAUUUCAUUUUGUGACUUCAGUAGUUUCCUGGUUACCCUAAACAGCAGAACUGGCCUUCAAUAGUUAUUUCAUAGUUGCAUGGUAUCUUUGAGCUGUGAACAUUAUCCAUUUUAUACUGUAUGUCUCCUAACGUGUUGCUUCUGUAUUGCAAGUAAAACAAUAAAUAUCCUUGGACACCCA